UUCAAGUCAAUCAUGAUGUCAAAUCUGUAGGCCUAUUUGUUGAUUCUGAUCAUGGGGGGAAAGCUUGAAACAUUCAACCGUUUUUUAAAAGAAAAAACACCCUAGGUCUAAAUAAGUGUGAUAAUUAGUUUGAAUGUGUCUUAUAAAAUGUUUUAUUGGUGGAUUGUGAAAUGUGUCUGGUAAAAUGUAUUAGAGUGGUAAAUGAACAAGAGUUGUAAAUUAUUUAGUGGUAGAUUGUGAAAAUGUUCCUAUUUGGUUAGAAUGGAGCAUGUGUAUUCAGUGGAAGGGAGUGAGCAGCUUUUAGACUUUACCUGGUUAAGUGGAAAUAUUACUGCACUUCGUGAUGGCCAUACAUGUGCAGACAUUAAAGGCAGAGGAGAUCCCUGAGGACUAAUGUGAAUAUUAGGCCUGGUGGUGGCUAUAUGGAGAAAAGUAUAAAUAUAUGUGAUGUCUAAGUCAGUGAUAAUAACCUACUUUAUGCUAAAUGAUGCAGGUCAUUCUAAGUACCUUCUGAGCAUAAUUCCCUUGUGAAAAUAAAUAUUGAUUUUACUGUACAAUGUACCCUAUUCCUGAAGCAAAUAUGAAUAGGCUGAUAUGUGAUUAAAUUGGGAUUUCCAUAGUUUACAAUUAUGUUGGAAAUAGAGAGAAAAGCAUUAUUCGCAUUGUGAGUGGUUCCUGAGUGGCAUUGAUAGGCCUAGUCACUAGCCUACUUUUUGACAACAAUUUAAUGCACUACCCGACUCACAGAAUACAUAAGGGGAAUUUGGGAGAGAAAAACUGUUCUUUCAACUAAUUCCUAUUUUCCCACAAUACAAGGACCGUGAAAAUUGUCCGUUGUGGCAAAGAAACUAACAUAUCUCGAUUGGAGAGAACCAGAGAGCCAGUUGGGUUGUCUUUGGCUGCGUUUGGUAUCUGCAUACUACCUGCGCUGGAAUGUGCUAAAUUCGGACACUUUUGGAUCUAAAGUUUUAGUCGGAAAUAGAACAAAUGACCAAUGAGUAGAUUGCUGCGAACAAGCUCUAAAAAAAAUGUAACAUGCACGCUGUUACGCACGAUUUGAAAAUAAUCACCGUGUCAUUUUCAUCUUUCUUAUGCAAAGUAGCUGUCUUUGAAGGCGGAUCUUUUGGCAGGUUAGCCCAGGACCGUGGCGAAGACCAACUCAAACGAGCGGUGCCACCAACCACUCCAAACUGAUUUGCUCUGUCUCUGGAGUGCAGUUAGGAAUAGAUCUCUGCUCUGUUUGAGUUAUUAUUAGGUUAUUACACAGUUUGCGUGGAUUUGUCGUGAGUAUGCACAUACCCCCAACGAAACCCCAACGCGGAGCAAAAGGAAGAACAAUUUAGUUAAGUUGGUAGCCUAAACAUUGAAGUUUUAACAGACUGGUUCCACUCGUGCUGCAGGACAGAGGCAGAAGGAAUCCGUCCUGAACGUGGUUGAAUACCGUCCCUGAACGCGCUUUGAUGACCGCUGGAACGUUUGUCUGGAUCGGAACACUUUUAUCCAAUAAAAAAAAACAUCGAGGCGAACAGAAAAAAAUGAACUGUGCACAACAACUAGUGCAAACCCGUUUAUUCUCUGAACAUGUUGGAUUAUUCUGAAACAAAUGUAAACACUUCCAAGCAUGGACAUUAUGGUAAGCGACAAUUAUUUUGCGAGAAAAUGAUUCACACUUGUUAGGAAUUCUCUCUCGAGUUAAAUUCGAAUCAAAGGAAUUACAAGUAAAAACUGAGAAACUCGGGUCUUUCGUAGACAAUUGUGAGUUCAUCCACUGCUUGGCUCAUUCAUAAAAAAAUAUCUACAGAAAGGUUUUUAGUAGUCUUUGCCUUUAGGAGACGCAACUUCUACGUUAUUCUAAGAAUUGUAUCUUCAAUUGUUUGCCACUAAAAGGAUCAAAGAGGAGAGACUAUGCAUUCCUUUGCCAAACUGACCCUUGUCAAUGUGCUGCUGGUCUGUCUGAGUUGUGGCUGCUCAGCUAUUAGCUCCGUAGACCCAGACCGGCCAGGUGAGGGGAGAUGUCAACAGAUUGUCAUCUCCCUGUGUAAGGACAUUGGUUACAACAUGACUAGGAUGCCCAAUCUGAUGGGCCACGAGGACCAGAAUGAGGCAGCCAUCAAGAUACAUGAGUUUGUCCCUCUCAUAGAGUUUGGAUGCCACACUCACCUCAAGUUUUUUCUCUGUUCGCUGUAUGCACCUAUGUGCACGGAGCAGGUGUCCACCCCCAUACCUGCAUGCAGAGUGAUGUGUGAGCAGGCCAGGCAAAAGUGCUCCCCUAUCAUGGAGCAGUUCAACUUCCACUGGCCUGACUCCCUGGACUGCUCCAGACUACCCAACAAAAAUGACCCAAACAAUCUAUGCAUGGAGGCCCCCAACAACGGCUCAGAUGAGUCCCCAAAAGGCUCCCACACUCAGCCUCCUGACUUCAGGCUUCAGAGGCCCAUAAAAGGCCAGGACCUGCAUGUGAAGGACAGGGAGAGCAAGGAGACCUGUAGUAACCCAGGCAAGUUCCACUAUGUACAGAAGAGUGAGUCCUGUGCUCCCAAGUGCUACCCCAAAGUGGAUGUGUACUGGAGUCAGGGAGAUAAGCAGUUCUCUCUGGUGUGGAUGGCCAUCUGGUCCAUCCUUUGCUUCGUCUCCAGCUCAUUCACUGUCCUCACCUUCCUUAUCGACCCGCAGCGCUUCAAAUACCCUGAGAGGCCCAUUAUCUUCCUCUCUAUGUCCUACUGUGUUUACUCUGUGGGCUACCUGAUCCGUCUGUUUGUGGGAGCAGACAGUAUCGCCUGUGACCGGGACAGUGGGGUCCAGUACAUCAUUCAGGAGGGUCUGGAAAGCACCGGCUGCACCAUCGUCUUCCUCAUCCUCUACUACUUUGGCAUGGCCAGCUCCCUCUGGUGGGUCAUCCUCACACUCACCUGGUUCCUGGCUGCAGGGAAGAAGUGGGGUCACGAGGCCAUUGAGGCCAACAGCAGCUACUUCCACCUGGCAGCCUGGGCCAUCCCGGCCGUCAAGACCAUCACGAUCCUGGUGAUGAGGAAGGUGGCUGGGGACGAGCUGACGGGGGUGUGCUACGUGGGCAGCAUGGACGUGAAAGCUCUCACAUGCUUUGUGCUCAUCCCACUCUCCUGCUACCUCAUCAUCGGCACCUCCUUCCUGCUGUCGGGCUUCGUGGCCCUGUUCCACAUCCGCAAGGUCAUGAAGACGGAGGGGGAGAACACGGAUAAACUGGAGAAGCUGAUGGUGCGGAUCGGCGUGUUCUCAGUCCUCUACACUGUACCGGCCACCUGCGUUAUCGCCUGCUACUUCUACGAGAGGCUCAACAUGGACUACUGGAGGAGCCUGGCCGUGGAGCAGAGGUGUGUGGACAGCAGCAGGAACAAUGCAGAGUCUGAGGAGUGUGGUAUGAAGAGCUCCAUCCCGGCCGUGGAGAUCUUCAUGGUUAAGAUCUUCAUGCUGUUAGUUGUGGGCAUCACGAGUGGCAUGUGGAUAUGGACCUCAAAGACACUGCAGUCGUGGCAGAAUGUGUUUAGCAGGAAGUUGAAGAAGAGGACGAGGAGGAAGCCUGCCAGUGUGUUCACAAGCAGUGGGCCUUACAUCAAGCCUCACCCAGCACUUAAAGGGCACAACACAAAGUAUGAGCCUACCAGGCCCCCUCCGACAUGCGUAUGAGCUGGCGCUCUCACAGACAGCGUGCGAAACCAAAACCAUUCUAAAGCCCUUACCUAAAACAGACUUUAUAAUCAGAGUGCCAACAAAAGACACAUCAAUGUUCAUAUUUAUUUUAAGUAUUAUUUUGAUCCAUCUCAAGCUACAAGAAAUAACUGCCUUUGUUUAAAAUAUCUGCUACUCCUGGAACCACGUUUCUGUUUAAGAACAUGAUAGAGAAAAAACAAUAUUUUGUGGAAGUAACUAUUUGGAUGUGUCAUUGGGUUGCUUGAAUAAUGUGCAAUAUAUGUUUUUCUUAAUGGCAAAAAAUACACGAGUAUUGUAGAAACAGAUUAAAGACAAUGAAAGGGAAUCCACUGACAAAGGGAGUGAAUGGUCUGGGAGAUCAAGACCCUUUAGCGUUGCGUUGUGUGGCUUUGAAAUGGAAGUCAAAGCAGUGCCAUACAUGUUUGGACUGAACUGAAGUGAGAAAGCAGCUGUUGAAAAGGGCCCAGGACCACAUUGACUGCCUAUUGUGAAGCAAAUUCAUUCCAUAAAUCAACAAGCACUAGACAUCGCAAGAGUAAUCAUUUGUACAGACAGUUUUCCUGUUGUUUUUUCUUUGCUGUUUUAUAGCACAGGGGAACAUUUGCAUAUAUUUCUUAAAGUUAAUAUUUUAUAAAAAAUAAAUGAACCAUUCCAGUUUUAAUUUCCUAAAAUCUGGAAUUGUAUAUUAUAACUGUAUGGGGUUUAUCUGUAGUGUGAAUGAGUUCACCAUUGGCUUUACAAAAAGCACAUUUCUCAAUUCGUAUGACACAUUAUUACAUUGGACAUUUGAAGAUAGUCCUCACUUACCAUUGAUGUAACGUUAUGGUAUAUUUCAAUCAUCCACCGAGUGUGUGCUUCACACUUGACUUAUCUCUCUCUUUUGAGAGAUUUAUGCAUUUAAUUACAGAAAGACAAAUUGGCGUUUGAAGUUAGCCUUGUGAAUACUCUGACUUCUGUUGAUACCUGAUUACAAUGGAGUGAGCUCUCAGUGAAGUACCUACAGGAGGAAGAACAAUGGCAUCUGUACACUUCUGUUGUAAUUGUUGAGAAGGAAGGCAUCAUGGGUAAUCCAGAGCCCACUCCCUCCAUGGCCAUUUAUUAGAGAUGACUAAUAGAAAAAAAGUUUGAUGACAUCAAAGAGAUUACGAACAAAGCACUUUUGUAUUAUUGUAGUGUCAACCAUUUCUAAAAGUGAGGCUUUUAUAUUCCACUCCUAUUAAAAUGUAUUCACUUCCAUGUUC